AUUGUGACAAUAACAGGAAAGUACUAGUAAUAAAUGGCAGGCCUUUAAUACUAAAUGAUACGAUUUGUAGAACUUGCUGUAUCAAAUUAUUACAACGUUGUAUUUACGAAAUAUGAUUAGUGGUUAGUGUGUGAGGGGCGAGACUGCAGUAGUGGGCUUCGCUGCUCCUGCAGGAGGCCAUCAACCCCAAAAUGAGGCAGCUGUGUCAGUCUCUACCCACACACACCAUCACCCGCCGCUUGUUCCUAAUCCAGCCCAGGCCGCUCUUCACCUCCUCUCUCAGCCAGAGCGAGGACAGCGCCCCAGACACACCACCAGCAAGGAAUAAGUACGGCGGGACGGUUCUCCUGCCCUCGACGACCUUGCCCCUUCGUGUGGAGGGCCUCCAGAGGGUGUUGAAUGAGAAGCAUGUCCAGCAGGCUGCAGAUUUUGCAUCACUUUACGAGUGGCAGAGAAAGCAGAAAAGAGAACACGAGUUUGUCCUGCAUGAUGGCCCUCCCUAUGCGAAUGGACGACCUCAUAUUGGUCAUGCUGUGAACAAGAUUCUUAAGGAUAUAACUCUGCGGCAUAAGCUUCUGAGAGGGUAUAAAGUGCAUUAUAUUCCUGGUUGGGAUUGCCAUGGCCUCCCAAUUGAACUAAAGGCACUUCAGCAAAAUAGAAGGAAGAAAAAAACACAAGACAAGUUUAAUGAAAAGGAUCCUCUUCAAAUUAGAGCAGCUGCUAGAAGAUUUGCUGAAGAGGCUGUGAAGAUCCAGCGUUCAGCAUUUGAGCGCUGGGGAAUCUUGGCAAAUUGGGAUAAUGUCUAUCGCACUUAUGAUCCAGAGUAUGUCAGUAAGCAGCUGUACCUCUUCGCCAGCCUAUAUGAAAAUGGCAACAUUUAUCAGGACUACAAACCAGUGUAUUUUUCACCAUCUUCGGGAACAUCUCUAGCUGAGGCUGAACUUGAGUAUAAUCCUCAGCAUUGCAGUCCAUCAGUAUAUGUUGCUCUGCCAGCAAGUAAUAUACCUCAAUUUAUACAGGACAAGCUAACAGAAUAUAACAAUCCAAAUGUUUAUGUGGCAAUAUGGACCACAACUCCCUGGACACUUCCCUCAAAUGAGGCCAUUUGCUACGCUCCAGAUAAAGUAUAUACGUUAGCACUAGCCAGAUGGAAGAAGCAGUUAGUGGCUCUCAUUUGGGCGGAAGAGUUGCUACACGAACUUAAGAAAGCUGUUGGUGAAGAUAUUGUUCCACUCUGUUCUUUUAAAGGUUCAGAGAUGUCUUCUUUAAAGUAUCGCCAUCCUCUUACCGAGCGACUGUGUCCAUGUGUCCCGGGUAGCCAUGUUACGAUGACUAAAGGAACGGGACUUGUUCAUACUGCACCUGCACAUGGCCAUGAUGAUUUUGUUGUUGCUCUGCAACAGAAACUUCCAGUAGAGUGUAUUAUUGAUGACAGGGGCUGCUAUCAGGCUGGAGUAUACCCACAGUUAGAGGGAAAAAGAGUUUUAGAGGAUGGAAAUGAAGCUGUUAUUCAGUUGUUAUUGGAGCCGGAUGGGCCUGGAGGUCCAUCACUUCUGUUGUCAAAUGAGAACUUCAUUCAUUCUUACCCAUAUGACUGGAGAACUAAGAAGGCUGUAAUUAUUAGAGCAUCAAAGCAGUGGUUCAUUAACACCGAGAAUUUGAAAGAGAAAGCUUUGGCAGCUCUUGAAGAAGUCUCAAUCCUACCUAGCAAUAACCAGGCAGGGAUGACUGGGCUACUGGAGAAACGACCAUAUUGGUGUAUCUCUCGUCAACGAGUAUGGGGUGUUCCCAUUCCUGUCUUCUAUGAUGCAGUAACAUCUCUUCCAGUUGUGACAAGAAGUAUUGUUGAACACGUAGCACAAGUGUUGCUUAAAGAUGGCUGUGAUAGUUGGUGGAGACUUCCAGAAGAGCAACUACUUCCACCUGAAUAUGUGAAGGAGCUGAAGCAGCAGGGUAAACAGCUACCCAAGAAAGGUACGGACAUCUUGGAUAUAUGGUUUGACUCAGGAGCAUCAUGGCAUAGUGUCCUGGGAAGUGCUUCAGCUGAUUUAUACCUUGAAGGUGUGGAUCAGUUCAAUGGCUGGUUUCAGUCAUCCCUUCUCACUUCUGUUGCAGUCAGUGGGAAAGCACCUUACAAAUCAUUGUAUGUACAUGGUUUUGCACUGGAUGAGGCUGGAAACAAAAUGAGCAAGUCUUUAGGGAAUGUUGUUGAUCCAGAUAUUGUCACAGAUGGAGGAAAGAACCUUCAGAAAGACCCUGUUUAUGGAGCUGAUGUGUUAAGAUGGUGGGUUGCAGGACAUUCAACUAACCAUACCAAUAUGACCAUUGGAAAACGAAUCCUAGAGCAGAGCAAGGAUAAUGUGCAAAAAGUGCGUGCAAUACUGAGAUAUCUUCUAGCAACAUUGAGAGAUUAUGAUCCAAGUGAGCACAGCCUUCCUGUAUUGGAUCUUAAGCCUCUGGACCAGUAUAUGCUGCACUUACUGUUUGGGCAUAUUGAAAAAGUGUGGGAGCACUAUGAGAAAUUCCUCUACCACCGAGUUACUUUAGAAUCAAUUGCCUUCAUCACUACAAACAUAUCAGGAUUCUAUAUCUCGGUUAUAAAAGACAGACUUUAUUGUGAGCCACAGUUAGGGAACACACGCAUGUCUGCGUUGUUGGUGCUCCAUCAUAUUCUGCAUCAUCUUUUGCUGUCACUUGCUCCUGUCUUACCGCACUUGACUGAGGAAGUGGCUCUGCACCACCACAACAAUAAAGGCUGGCGUGUAUUUCAACAAGAGACUAAUGGCGCCCCGUCAUCAUGGAAUCAACCUGAGCUAGCCCAUAAUAUUGAACAGUGUCUCACAGUUCGAAAUGAAUUACAUCAACACAUUUCAACCAUCGACCCACUCAAGCUGCAGGCUCAGAUAAUUGCUGGUGGCAGUAUGCUUAAGUCUCUUAAAUUGAUGCAGACAAGUACAGAUGCAACAGAAUCUGGAUUAACCGAAAUAUUCAGAGUUUCAAGAGUAAUUUUAUUACCAAAUGAAGAUGACACAGAAGGAUUUUCUUUGACAGUAACAGAGAGUACUGGGAACAAGUGUUUAAGGUGUUGGAAAUUUACGGCUAAGUGUGGAGAAGACUUGUGUGACCGCUGUAAGAAAACUAUCAAUAAAGCUUGGUAAAAUGACCAUGCGCUUGAAAUGCCUUUAUUGAAUAUGGCCAUUGUGAAUGAUCUUAAAGGCAAAUGUGAUUUAACAAAAGUUAAUCUUGUAUUUUUUGAAGUGCAAAAUGUUCCUUUAUAGGGCCAUAAUAGGCAUUAAAUUAAUUAAAAUGCUGUCUGCCACCUACAACAAAUAUAAAACUGGAGUAAUUUGACUGUUGGAUAAAGCUAAACCACAAAAAUAUUUGACAAAAUAUGGAAACAUGCAAAAAUAAUACAAUGUUUUUAAUCUUCGAAUAUAAACAACUUUUAAUGCAGAUAGUGAUUGCCUCUCGUGCUCGAAUAUCCAAGUGUGAUUUUCCUUCAUUAGUUUUGUGAACUACUGUACUACUGUCAUAUGAACCUUGAUGUAAGACUUUUUAAUUAGCCAAAUCAUUCAAGGGUUAAAGAGCAGUUAUUGUCACAUGCCAAUUUUAAUAGUAGUGCCCUAUUUUUAUACAAAUCCUGUAAAUAUUAUAAAACAUUUAUAUAGAUGUAAUGGAGUUAACCUAAACUCGUGGAAAAAUGUUAUUGUUUUUAAUUACUUAAAUGUUUUGAGGUAUACACCAGUGGCCUACAAUUAUUGUCAGAUCACAUUUUGGUCUUCUCCUAUCAGACUUUGAUGCCAUUUCUGAGCAAUGUCAGGACAGAUUAGCUGCUUGAUUAAAAUUUUGACACCAAUUACCUGUCUGGUGAUGCAAGGCUCACUACAACCCAUUAACAAUCAUAGUAAUGGAACGACCUUCUUACAUAUCCUCUAGCUUUCCAGUGUAUGGAUUUCUGUUCAUGUGGGAGUCCCGCACUCUGGGAUCUUGGGCGACGUGUAUGAAUAUAUUUGUACAUAUUAAUAAAAAAUACAAACCAUU